AUGGCCCAAGUGCAUGGACACUGCGGUCCUGCAUUUACCAAGGUCCAAGAACUCAUCCAACAAAACCUCCUCUCAGAAGAAGAGCUGGGUCUCUCACUCUGCGUCAACAUCAACGGCACAGACGUGAUCGACGUGUGGGGCGGCCACGCCGACCAAGCGUGCUCCAAACCCUGGACAAAAGACACAAUCACCGGCGUAUGGUCGACGACAAAAUGCGUGACCAAUCUCGCCGCCCUCAUCUUAAUUGAUCGAGGGCUAUUAGACCCCUCGGCCAAAGUGUCCCAGUACUGGCCCGAGUUCGGUGCCAACGGCAAAGAAGACACGCGGGUCUGGCAUGUCCUCACUCAUUCUGCGGGACUACCCGCGUGGGAGCAGCCCGUGAGUAUCGAAGAUCUAUACGACACACAAAAAGCGACGGAACGACUUGCCGGACAAGCGCCGUGGUGGACACCCGGUUCCGCGCCUGGAUACCACGCCGUGACGCAGGGGUUUAUGGUUGGCGAGCUUGUGCGACGGGUCACGGGCAAAUCAGUGACAGACUUUAUUGCCGAGGAGCUGGUAGGACCAUUGGAUGCGGACUUCCAGCUCGGCGCGAAAGAAGAAGACUGGUCGCGUGUGGCCGAAUUGAUGCCCCCUCCGGCAUUCGUGCCUCCCCCAGAUUUCGACCCCAAUAGCCUCCCCGUGCGUGCUGGUACAUCCCCACUCAUGGAGGCCGAGUACUCGGCGAUGGGUGGCUUUCGAUGUGCCGAAAUAGCUGGGAUCGGCGGCUUCGGAAACGCCAAGGGCAUCGCCAAGAUUCUCUCUGCACUGUCGCUAGGAGGCACUGUUGACGGGAAGAAACUGCUUAGUCCCGGGGCAGUUCGAUUGGCUUUCACGGAGCAAAUCAGUGGGACGGAUUUGGUCUUGGGGCAGCAGACGCGGUAUGGAUUGGGUUUUGGGCUCCCUAGCGAGGGUGGUGUGAGCUGGAUUCGUGAGGGAUGCUGCUAUUGGGGUGGAUGGGGUGGGUCAAUGGCUAUCAUGGAUGUCAAGAACCGCGUCACUAUCUGCUACACGCCGUCACGGAUGCAGAAUCCCGGGGCUAAUUGGGAUUCGCGGCUGGAUAGCUAUGCCAAAGCGAUCUGGGAUGCUCUUGGGGAGUGA